AUGGUCGACUACGUGCCUCACCACGCACAGCCCGUAACGCUCGCCCAGCUCCGCGCCAUCGAAGCCGACUCGCUCGUCCCCGAGAUUGCACGGCUGGAGAACUCGAUUGCGCAUCUGGAGCGGUCGAAUCAGGAGUUGCGGGAUGCGGUGCGAGAGGAGCAGGCAGGGACGGACGUGGACGAAGACGCGGUGAGGGAGUUUGAGGCGGCUAUCAAGGAGAACGAGGAGACCAUCGCUGCCCAGCAAGAACGCAUCACCAUGAUCCGACUAGCGUUGGAAGAGAAGAUCGGCGUCGACGCUGGGAACCCGCACUACCAGCCGGCGAGUCAGGCGCGAGGGCGGGCGAACGGGACGGAGCGGAAUCAGCAGGCGAAUGGCGUCGACGACGCGAUGGGCGUCCAGGACGACUCAGCAGACGGCAGCGCGCGAGCGACGACAGCGAGUAUUGCUGCGACUGGCGCAGAACGACAAGCGGACGCAGCAGACGACGGCAUGUACCUCUGA